GAAAGAAACUGUAACAAAUUGUGACAAACUAUAAGCUGUUAUAAUAAGAAAUUACCCGCAAGAUUGACAAAAACAAACCGCGGCACAUUAUCGAUACGUGAUAUCGAGAUCUCGACAAAUGUCAGGUGACGUCAGACAGUCGAAUAGUACGACUACGAAGUGAAGUGAGCGCGCGAGCCGAUACAUAACCUCAUCGCUGUGUGUCACGGUGUCGGUCACAAUUCCGUUUCUAUCGACUCGUCCUAGCCUAAUAAGGCGAAAAAAGAAAACAAAGCAAAGAGACUGUUGGUUCCUCGACUCACAUCCACGGCUCCAGCUUCUUCCGUCCCGAAAAGGUGAAGCAACCGUUCGUGAACAUACAAAUAAUGUCUGACCCGCGUAUAAGAACGCUCAAGAUUAAGACAGGAGUAGUGAAGCGUCUCGCGAAAGAAAAAGUUACGUACGAAAAGGAGGCAGCGCAGCAGCGCGAGAGGAUACAAAAGUUAAAAGAACAGGAUAAAGAUGGCUACGACAUAAAGAAACAAGAAGAGGUGCUUCAAGAAUCCCUUAUGAUGGUACCAGAUUGUCAAAGGCGUCUUGUUAAAGCGUUUGAAGAACUCAAAAAGAUUUUAGAUACUGAACAAGAUUUGAAGGAAGUCGAAGAUUACAUUGAGGCUGAAAAAGUACUGCAGGAAGCAGAAGAACAGUUGCCGAAAGAAGGGGAUAUUUUGCAGAUGUGUUAA